AUGGCUGCUUACGAGCCUCAGGCCGCAAGGCCACUCACCGACGUAGAGAGUGGUCUCGCUACCAACCACUCCGACGAGAAGAGGGCCUCCUUCUCCUCUCAGCACAUCAGCACCUCGCCCCACGGAUCCGAAGCUGCAACCUAUGGCAACACCAACCACGAUGCCGUCCUCGACCAGGGUCUCGCUCGCUCCUCCUUCUGGGGCAAGAUCACUACUUCCCUCGCCCGAUACAAUGUAGAGUCAGUCUCCGUGGCGCCUGUGCCCGUGGCACUGCGAAAGAACAAACAGUGGUGGUCCGUACCUCUGCUCUGGUUCUCGGCAAACUUCAACAUCCUGUCUUUCUCCACUGGAACACUCGUCGUUUACUUUGACAUUGGACCAGCCGCUGCCUACACCACCAUCAUCCUCACCUGCUUCUUCUCGUCACUCUUCCCGGCUUACUUUGUCACCUUUGGUCCACCUCUUGGUCUGCGUCAGAUGAUUCACACCCGAUACUCAUGGGGCUGGUUCGCUCCUCUCAUUGCCAUUCUCAACGCCGCGACACUCUGCGGCUACACUAUCCUCAACUGCAUUGUGGGCGGCCUCACCAUCUCUGCGGUCUCUCCAAAUGGCGGUCUUACACCCACCGUCGGUAUCGUCAUCGUUGCCGUCGUCAGUCUUCUCGUCUGCUUCUGCGGAAUUCGCCUGCUCCACCUUACCGAACGGUAUAUGUGGGUGCCUGUGCUGAUCUGCUUCUGCAUCCUCAUCGGACUUGCUGGAACUGGCUCCGAUGGACUACACUUUGACGUAGCAGCUGCUCCCGCUACCACCUCCCACGGUGUGCUGUCCAUGGUAGCUAUCAUCAUUGGCUUCCUCGUACCUUGGUCGGGAAUUGCCUGCGAUGUCACCACCUACCUCGACCCGGAGACUACGCCCACACUCUCCCUCUUCAUCACUUCCUUCUUUGGCUACUUCCUCGGCUCCUGCCCGCUCUUCCUGGCCGGUGCGGCAUUUGCCCUGAGCUCCUACGACAUCCCGGCCUGGUCAGAUGCUCUGUACAUCUCCAACGGCGCCCUCUUCAACCUGAUCAUGUCAUCCAAGACCGGCGGCUUCGGCAAGUUCGUAACCGUGCUUCUGGGGCUGUCCGUCUACGGUAACGCCGCGGCCAGUAUCUACUCCUUCGGUCUGUCGAUGCAGGCAAUUCUGCCUCCCUUCAGGCUCGUGCCACGAUUCGUCUUCACGAUCAUUGUGGCAGCGAUUAUCAUCCCGCUCUCCAUUGUCGGAGCAGAUACCUUCUACGAGACUCUGACAGACUUCCUCGCCGUGCUGGGCUACUGGGCCGCCUUGUACGUGGCAGUGGUACUGGCAGACCACGUGGUGAUCCGCCGCUGCGACUGGUCCACCUACAACGUUGAGCACUGGGACUCGUGGCGCAGCGGACUGCCCCUUGGUCUUGCUGCCAUCACCAGUGCCUGCAUUUCCCUGGCCAUCCUGAUUCCCUCUGUGGAUCAGACGUUCUUCACCGGCCCUCUGGCCGCUCACGUCGGAGAUUUGGCCUUUGAGCUCAGCUUUGUAGUCUGCUUCGUCCUCUACAUUCCCCUGCGAAUGCUGGAGAAGAAGGUCGUGGGUAGAUGA